AGCGGUCGGUGUAUGUUACGUGGAGUUCCUCGACCGACUCUGUGCCACCAUGCAACGACCCUUCAGUUUACGCGAUGUGGAUGAUCCACGCCAAAAUUAACUCCCCCGUUCGGAUUAUCGAGUGACGAAACGAUGUAAUCUCCAGGGGAGGAGUAAUCCCUGAAAAAACCUCGGUACAGAGGACUCGAUUCGAUUUGAGCACCGUGAAGCGUGUUUGGUUUCAACGAAGAGGUUCUGACAAUGUCGUCGACCAUGGGUGGAUCUUACCUAGAGGAUGAUGAUGACCAAAUCAUGCUCCGGACGGAGAUGGAGCUGCACGAGGCGGCCCGAACAGGCAACGUGGAACUAGUGGAUUUGCUCAUACGGCGCGGGGUCAAUGUCAACGCCAUGAACGAGAAAGAUCGUACUGCCCUUCAUCUAUCAGCUGGGCAGGGCCACGUGGAAGUGGUGAAAUCAUUGAUCGAUGCAGAUGCUAAAGUUGAUGCCGAAGACAAGUUUGGUAUGAAUGCGUUGCUGUGGGCUGCUUGGUUUGGUCAGGAAGAAGCUCUCCAUGCACUGGUUGUGGGAGGCGCUAGGAUUAAGUGCGAGAACAAGCAAGGACUGGGUUUAAUACACUGCGGUGCUCUGCGUGGUCAUCUGAAUGUUGUGAAAUAUGUAGUCGAGCAACUCAUGGAAGACGAACCCAUGAACCCGGAUAGUAUUAUUAAACUAGACGAUAAAGAAGAAAAGGGAGGUCGGACACCACUUCAUUUAGCUGCAGAACACGGCAAGUCCGAAGUACUGGAGUACUUACUUGGCGCAGGUGCUGACAAAGAUGCACUAUCUACGGAUGGUUCGUCCGCGCUUCAUUUUGCUGCUAAGGGAGGUCACGAAGACUGCGUUACUUUAUUAAUAAAAAACGGGGCUGAUAUAGACGAGAGAGAUAAUGAGGGACGCACAGCUCUCCACGUAGGUGCUGAAGAAGGUCACCCUCAUAUCGUAGAAUUAUUAAUUAGGAGUAAUGCCGAAAUUAAUGCUGAAACAAGUGAAUCGAGCAAAGAGAUGAGUCCCAUCCACCUAGCUGCAAAUAAUGGUCACACUACCGUUAUCAAGGUGCUAAUACUACAUGGGUGCGAUAUAGAUACUUCGAAUAAUCAAAAUAACACAGCACUUCAUAUGGCAGCACUUGCUAAUCAACCAGAAGUGGUCCAACAACUUGUGGAUGCUGGAUGUGAUGUCAAUGUUUGUAAUGCUAGAAACCAGACUGCCUUACAUAUAGCAACAGAAACUGGCUUGACAAGUGUUGUGGAAAGCCUUUUAAUUGGCGGUGCCAAUGUGCAUGUUAGGGACAAGACUGGAAGAACGGCUCUUCAUAUGGCGGCGAGGGGAGAAUUGGUCACAAUUACAGACAUGAUAAUCAAAGCGGAUCGAUACUUUUGUCAAAAGCAACUUCGAAACGAAGAAUUCCGAAGAGGGGAAGAGAAAAUUCAAUUUCGUAAAGACCAAAGCGACGAAAACGCACAAAUGCGACCAAUACUGUGGCGUCUUGGCACCAAGCAGCUUAGGAAAGAAGAGUGGAAGAAGCUUGCCUUUGUCUGGGGGUUUACCGAUGCACAUAUCAAGGCUAUAGAGCACCAGUUUACCGGCGAUAAAAGCUGGAAGGAGCAUGGUUACCGACUAUUACUAAUAUGGCUACAUGGAUGUGAUGAGAAUCCCGUUAAAGGGUUGUACGAAGGGCUUGUUGGUAUGGGACGAAAAGAUUUAGCUGAUCAGAUUAGAAGACGGAUUAAUGCCAAAGCAGAUGGCCAUAACGGCAUGUGCUGUAUAACGUAAUAGUGGUUGGAUCUAUUUAAUUAAAGUACUUAAAUUGACUUUUUGGAUAUAACGUCAGAGUGACGGGAGUAUGGAUAUUUGCGAAGUACUACCAGCAUUAUAGAAGAAACUGUCUUUCUAUUCUCGGCAUUCAGAUGGAUUAGUGUUCCCUUCUCGAUGGAUUCUGCGUUAUAUAGAACAGUACGAGCCGGACGGAAUCCAGUAUUGUUGAUUUGGUCUGAUUUCUAUUCUCCUCUAUAACUGCCUCGAGAGAACAUGUUCUAUUAUAACCGCAGCAUCGCAUGUCGAUCCAUCAUUGUGUAACGGAGGCUCAUGAUUAUCCACUGCCAAAACCUAAAAAAAAAAACUAAAAACAUUUUUCAUUUUUCUACUCUUUCAAAAUUAAAUAUGCCAUGCAAAGACCAACGACUGAUACUUCCUGCUAUGCUAGGAGGUUAGGUUAGAUUACAACAGGAAAGCAACGGGAAAAUGAUACCCGGGAAUUAAUGAUAAAAAGGACCAGGGGAUAUUUUAUAUUGUACAAUAUACUAUACAUGAACAUUUUUGUUCCGUAUUAACUCCAUCUUCUCGUAAAUUAAUUUGCUAUGGCGCCCUCAAUGUUGCAUUUUAGAUCACUAUUUUUUUCUUUACUGUUAUUUCUAGUGUGCUGUUUAUGUAUGCUGUGAACACUGCCUUACAAUUUUAUUUAUCUUUUAUUUAUUCAUUAUUAGAAAUGAUAAUAUAUUGACUCGAUAUAUAUAUAACAAGAAUGUUGAUUUAAAAGCAACAUGGAUAUGUGAUUUGUACUUUAUUUACAAAAUAAAUAGUCAUUUAAUUUCACUCGAAAUUGUAACACAAUACGAGACUUGUAUAAUCGAGUGAUAUUGUAUUAUAAAUACUUAGUGUGAUAUUUUAGUCACCAGACGCGCAUGCGUAGUUUAGGGUACUUAAAGACAAUGCGUCUAGCGCGACUUAGUACUAAAUCAUUACCUUAUGCAAUUGCAAUGAUAGUGAGUAAAUGAUUUGGUGGUUUGAGGGCGCAACGGUUUCAAUCGACGUGUAGAGCACCACUUCAGAAAUAUGAUUUACUUAAAUGUACUUUAAUAGUAACGUGUAGAUUGUUAUGAUAUUUGUAUUUGAUCAUUAAUGUUUGUUAAUUUGUGUUAAAUGAUGCGAUAACGAAAGGUUGUUUCUGCAAUAUACUAAUAAACAUUUGUAAUU